CCCAUAAAACGCUGCACCUGCACUUUAUUUGGUUAAUGUGAACGUUGCUCUGCGGACGGCGUCGCCUCUGGUCACGACCUUCGCCCUCUGACGGCGGCAUGGCUUUUUCGCUGCUGAAGAGUCGGAUCUUGUGGAGGACCCUCUACCUCAGCCUGCUGGCUACAGUUAUUUACUUUGUGGUCUGGGAAGUUGACGUUAAAAAACAGCCCAGGGUCAGGACGCUGCAGCGCUUCUCCACUGACCUGCCGGCCUGCUUGGCCAUCCUGAAGCAAGACAUAGAGGGGAAGAAAAGUGAAAUUGAGGAGCUGCUGACGUCCAAGAGGAGGCGAGUUGUUUUAAAUGAGAUCUUCUACUUAAACGAGACAAGGGACUGUCAAAACUAUAUUGAGAAGCGAGGCUUCAUUACGGAGCCUCUCAGUGAGGAGGAGGAGGAUUUCCCCAUCGCCUACUCCAUGGUGAUCCAUGAGAAGAUUGAGAUGUUUGAGCGACUGCUGCGAGCGGUUUACGCUCCUCAGAACAUCUACUGUGUGCACGUGGACCAAAAGUCCACCAAAGAGUUCCAGAAGGCUGUGAAUUCCAUCGUGGCGUGCUUUCCCAAUGUGUUUGUGGCCACUGAGUUAGAAAGCGUGGUUUACGCCUCAUGGUCCCGCGUGCAGGCAGAUCUGAACUGCAUGAAGGAUCUCCUCAAGUCACAAAUCCAGUGGAGAUACCUGCUGAACACCUGCGGGACUGACUUCCCCAUCAAAACCAACGGUGAGAUGGUGAAGACUCUCAAGGCUCUGAAUGGCAGGAACAGCCUGGAGACUGAGGUCACCAGUGAACACAAGAAAGGCCGCUGGAUGAAUCACUACAAUGUGACCAACUCUGUCGUCUGGACAGACGUGAAGAAGAGCCCACCGCCCAUCAGCACGCCCAUGUUCUCAGGUAACGCUUACUUUGUGGUCACAAGGGCCUUUGUGAGACACGUGGUGCACGACGAAGAGAUUCAGAAAUUCCUGGAGUGGGAGAAGGACACGUACAGCCCUGAUGAGCACCUGUGGGCCACUCUACAGAGGAUGGUCUCUGUUCCUGGGUCAGUGCCUGCUAACGGCAAGUACGACAUGUCUGACAUGCAGGCCGUCGCUCGAGUGGUGAAGUGGAGCUAUUUAGCGGGAGAUGUAACAAAGGGAGCCCCGUACUCCCCCUGCACUGGUUCUUACAGAAGGGCUGUGUGUGUGUAUGGAUCCGGUGACCUCCCCUGGCUCCUGGACCAGCACCACCUCUUCGCCAAUAAGUUUGAUCCUGAGGUGGAUGACGUCGCUAUAAAAUGUUUGGAGGCAGUUUUGCAUUUUAAAGCUUUAGGCCAGAUUAGUAUUCCACCACCUUAUAAUGCUUACAGACGUUUCACACAAUAAAUUAUAUUUGUAUAUUCUAUCCAAAUACAACUUACAAAUAGUAAAUAUUUUUAACUGCAUUUUAAUAUUGUAUGAAGGAAUUUUAACAUUAUGUUUUUAUUCCUUACAUGUUGGAAAAAAAAUAUUUGUGGUGCCAUCUAGUGGACUCGAUGAAGCUCAAAAUUCCUUUUAAAAUAACUUUUCAAAAAUGUAUUUCUUUAUAUUUAAAAUUAAGACAAAGAAAUAAUGAAUUCCAAAUCAUUUUUAACCUACACUACAUUGGUGAUUUCAUAUAAUCAUAUUUCUCUGUCUAUAUUCCAUGUGAAAACAAUUAAAAACCAUAAUGUGGAGCUUUGACCUACCAGAGAUAGUAACAUUCAAGUGAGAGACAGAAAAUAUGACUUUAUUUUCCCCAGGCAGGAUUUUUUUUAAUCAGAGAACAUCAGCAGUGAACAGUGAAAAAAAUUGUGAUGUCAAAACUUGUUCUAAAUGUCACUCAGUGGGUCAGUGACCUAAAAUGCAGUUUAAAAUUUGAGCAACCAUAAAAAUAUAUUAUUUCUUUGUCAUGUUUUGAAUAUAAAUAUAUAUUUAAAUGUAAUAAAGCAAACAUGCACCAACCAUUUGUAACACAGUGCCUUAAAUAAUGUGUCGAUACAACAGUAACUAGGGAAUACCAUUAGGCUACGUUUGAUACCUGCAGUGAAUAAAAAGGAUUAAAAACAUUUCAGACAGCA